AUGAAUCGUAAUCGAGAACUCCAACUUCACAUAGUUUGCUUUUGUCAUGCUAGCGAAGAAGCGUUUGCAGCUGUGGCUUAUGUACGAGGUCAUGCGAGAAGGAGCUUAAGUUUUUCAAUCAUCGCAGGAAAUGGAAAAGUAGCAAGAGCGGAGAGAAUGCCAAUACCAAGAUUGGAACUCGAUGCUGCUGUUGAAGGAGCCAAGUUGAAGGCGUAUGUGGAAAAAGCUUUUGAACAAGAACUUAACUUUGCAAGCUCUUUUCUAUGGAUUGAUUUAAGAACUGUAAUGUGUUGGUUGACUUUACGAACGGGAAGAUUCAGCCAAUAUGUAACCAAUCGAUUAAACCUUAUUCUGGACUACUCUACGUUGAAUCAGUGA